AUGGCGUGGCUGGCUGUUCGAGAUACGGAUGCCAAGCGUGCCCGCGGGGGUAGUCCUAAUUCUUUUGCUUUGUGCAUAAGGGAUUUGGACCAACUUCAGCAGCCUCCUAAUAACUUAGUAAUCGACAAGGACUCCGAGGUUUACAAGAUGCUGCAGGAGAAUCAAGAGUCCAACGAGCCGCCCCGCCAAUCCACCUCGUUCCUGGUUUUACAAGAAAUUUUAGAAACUGGAGAAAAAGAUCCUGACAAGCCUUCUGGAUUUAGAAGCGUCAAAGCCCCAACCACCAAAGUAGCAGCAUCCAUUGGAAAUGCCCAGAAGCUGCCCGUUUGUGAUAAGUGCGGCUCCGGCAUUGUAGGUGCGUUCGUAAAGCUCCGGGACAAAGCCCGCCACCCCGAAUGCUACGUAUGCAGCGACUGUGGAGCCAACCUCAAGCAAAAAGGGCACUUCUUCGUGGAGGACCGCAUCUACUGUGAGAAGCACGCCCGGGAACGGGUCACGCCGCCCGAGGGAUAUGACGUGGUCACGGUAUUUCCACAGUGAAUCGGGUGGCUCCCCACUGACAUAUGCCAAAGCGCCAUUGCCUCCCACCUCUCAGUCCCUCAAGCCACAAAAAUACUCAGCAAGGCUUCUGCAGCGGACCUUUUUUUUGGGGGGGGGGGGGCGCUGCUGCCAGGCCACUGUGAUCGUGCAACAUGUGCGGUUUUUUUAGAGAGAGAAACAUGGCAGAUCUAACUGAAUUCCCUCCUUUUUUUUAAUGAUCGCCGCUCCUCCCGCGGCCUCUCCGUGUCAGCUGUCGAAUGCCCCAUCGGUCUGCAAAGCCAAACCGCAACACC